AUGACUGGGUUCGACUCCGGCAAAGAGCCAUUCCAGAAAGCAGAUUCAAACCCAGUCGUCAUGGUCAACUCCUCUCUGCAUCUCAAGUCCACCGAAGUAUGUGGCAAACUACUGGACAAACUGGUCACAGUUGGAAAGCCCUCCAUACAGAGCAUCACCUGCUCAGUACGUCUUUCCGUGUUGUCAUCGAACUACAAUUCCCACAAUGCCCAAACCAGACUCACAGAAUCAAACAUGGCGGCCGUUGGCAGGAUACUGAAGUAUAUGUGGGAUAAAGAGCCUGUGAUUACAGUGUCCUGUGCGAUCGGAGUGGCAGCUUGCAUUGUGCCGUUUGUGAGCCCUUAUACUAAAUACACAGCAAUGAUGAACAAGGCUGUUCCGUACAAUUAUCCAGUACCUGUUAGAGAUGAUGGAAACAUGCCGGACGUCCCAGCACAUCCAUCUGACCCACAGGGAACAAACCUGGAAUGGCUGAAAAACCUGUGAGAAGUCCUUCACAAUCAUGUACAGUCCACAUUCACCUUUACUUCUGUCUCAAUAAUAAAACUCUUUAUUUGAUUA